AUGCAACUCGAUGGCCGUUACAGCAGCUCAUCGCUACCCCGGGAUCAGCCCACCACCAUCGUCGUAGUCUCCUCCUCAAAACAGCAGUCGCGGAACAAGUCGACGACCACCAUGUCCCCGUCCGACCCAAACUCUUCGCUCUCUCGCAAACGGUCGGCUACAAUCCUUCAAGCGAGUCCAUCCCCUCCUUCGUCGCGCCCACCAUCCCGAGAUGGAGACCUCAACGUCGACCAUAAACGUUCUCGCGUCGCGAAACAAUGGACCGCGUGUCCUGAGUACGUUACGACAAUAGAACAAUCGAUCAAACUCGAUCCUCGAGCGGAAAAUGCGAGUGUCAGUGUUUUACAAUCCGGGUACGACAGACUCAGCGACGAUGGCCGGUUUACGGAGCUAGUUCAUGAUGGGAGCCGGUUUACGAUGUUAUGUUUUUUGGGUUGUACGAUUGAUCACCUUCAUGCUGCGAGUGUUGUCUCGUCCUUGCUUUCGACGUUUAAGGUUAAUGUGUAUGGAGUCUCGUUGAUCCCACCGCCGGCGCAUGUGUCGUCGCUACCAAUAAUAUACGACGGCACCCGCCAACUUACAUCUUCACUCGGCCUACUCCAUCCUCUAGGCGGUGGCCGACAAGCCCUCGAUGCGAUCGUUGUUCUCGACUCUAAACUCCGUCGGCGAAUGUUAUUGCCUAUCGGAUGGGUCAAACCGAGAAGCCAGCCGAGAGGAAUCAUGGGACUAGCAAAUACUUAUGCCGACACAGAGGAGGAGGAAAUGGUAUUGACGAGCGAACAAGAAGUUGAAAGGGCAUUGAAGAGGCUAAUCGCUGGCAUCGAGUGGCUGAUUCACGAGGAAACGGAAGAGUACUCAAGGUCGUGGAACGAAGGGGUGCAGACGGCGAUGGUACAUGGUAUUGGGUAUUAG